CUCUCUCCCUCUCUCUCUCUUAUUUCCUUUUGCUUCUCGUUCUUUUUGUUCUCUGUUUCCCGGGAGCCAAAAACCCUUGCGGCUUUGGUUCGAAAACCCUAGCCAUGGCGAUCGUGGCCCUGCGGAGAGUGCCCAUUAGGACACUGAGAUCGAGCUCCGUCCUACAUCCGUUCUCUAACUCGAUCGGCCCCCCUCCUCCGCAGCUCGGCGAGCUCUCGGAAUCGACCCGCUGGAUUUCCCGGAAUGGGAUUUCAACCAUGUAUUCUGGGAUCCAAGGAAUUAGUCAUGGUAAUUUGUUACCUUUCACUCAGCGACAUCUUCUGCCGUUGUCGCCUAUGGUAGGAGCUUCCUUUUCUUCAACAGCGGCGAAAGAUACUGGACCUCCCACAGAGCUUGUGGUGGAGCUUUACCAAAAAAUGCUUAAAUCAUUAGAAGCAAGAACGAUGCCUCCAAAUGCUUGGUUGUGGUCGCUAAUCGCAAGUUGUUCAAAUAGGGAGGACAUUAAAUUACUCUUUGAGAUGCUUCAAAAGCUCCGAAUAUUUAGGCUAUCUAACCUUCGGAUUCAUGAUAAUUUUAACUGCCAUCUUUGUAUGAGAGUUUCUGAAGCUUGUGCCCGUGCAUCCGCCCUUGACUAUGGUUUAAAGGCCUUGUGGAAACACAAUGUUUACGGGUUAACUCCAACUAUUGGUUCUGCUCAUUAUUUAUUGUCAUAUGCCAAAGAGCACAAUGAUGCUAAGCUUAUGGUAAAGAUCAUGCAAAUAUUGCAAAGGAACUCAUUACCACUGCAACCUGGCACUGCAGACAUUGUCUUCAGCAUUUGCUACAAAACAAACAAAUGGGAUUUGAUAUCAAAAUAUGCAAAGAAAUUCAGCAAGGCAGGGGUAAAACUUCAUAGGGCUGCAUUUGAUAUCUGGAUGGAGUUUGCUGCAAAAGUUGGAGAUGCUCAGUCUAUAUGGAAAAUUGAUAAGCUAAGGUCGAAGUCUGUGAAACAGCAUACACUUGCAACUGGUUUUGCAUAUGCAAAGGGUUUUCUUCUUGAGCAUAAUCCUGAGGGUGCUGCUGCUGUCAUUCAACUUCUCUAUCAGACUCUUCCUGACCAAAAGAAGCCAAGUUUCACUGAUGAACUUCAGAAGCUUGUCAAUGAAUGGCCAUUGGAGGUGGUAAAAAGACAAAAGAAAGACGACAGAAAGGCACUAGAAGAUUCACUGAAGAGUGAUAUACCGGCAAUGAUCAAUUCUUUGUUGACUAGUGGGUUAGAUGUUCCAAUCAACCUGGAAGGUCAGAAAAGUUGAAAUAGCCUUAAUGUGCAGUUUUCCUGAAUUAUCUUCUACCAUCACUGCUGUCAAUUGGAGGCCGUUCUAUGUUUGAGGGAAAAGAAACAAAAGAUGGAAUUCUUCACCUCUUCCUUGUAUGAAGUUAACAUUGUCUAGGCUCUAGUUGUUAUAAUCAACCCAGAUUUUGGUUGUUGUAGCCCAUGAACUCAACUACUUUGCUAGCAAUUUUUGUCAGGCAAACAUCUACAAAUUACACUUGAAAAAUAAGUUUUUGGGAGGAAAAGAAUGGAGAUUAUUAAUUUUCUAAAGCCUGGAUUGCAGUGAUAUCUCA